ACGUGAAAUCGUGUGUUGUUUGUUUUCCGUGCCGAAAAGCCCGAUUUUCCAGCCACUCGGUUCCUGCACUUUGCCACCAACAAUGGUGCGCCACAAUAAUCAACUGCCGGAUAACCUGCCGCAACUACAGAACCUCAUCAAGCGCGAUCCAGACUCUUAUCGCGAUGAGUUUCUUCAGCAAUUCCACCACUUUCAGAGCGUCCUGGACAUCUUUCGUCUCGAGCCAGAUAAGGAGAAUAAAAGUCUGUGUGAGUCGAUCAUGUUCCUGGCACAGGUCGCUCAGUGCUACCUGGAGGAUAUGGCUACAUUCCCGCAAACGUUGGUCGAUCUGCUGAAAACACACUCCACUACGCUCGAUCCGGAGAUGCGGAACACGUUCUGCCGGGCGCUGAUACUGCUACGCAAUAAGAACCUAAUAUCACCGCUCGAUCUGCUGGAGCUGUUCUUUCAGUUAUUACGUUGCCCGGAUAAGGCACUGCGCACGUUCCUGGAGAAUCACAUUAUCACCGACAUCAAGAAUAUGAACGCCAAGAAUAAGGAUAUGAAAUUGAACUCCACCCUGCAAAGCUUUAUGUACACGAUGCUGCGCGAUACGAACCCGAAGGCAGCCAAAAUGUCGGCCGACAUUAUGAUCGAACUGUACAGAAAGCAAAUAUGGAACGAUGCGAAAACGGUUAACGUCCUGGCGAACGUAGGUUGCUUCUCGAAGGUGACCAAGGUGAUGGUGGCUUCGUUAAAGUUCUUCCUCGGAAGGGACCAGGAGGAGGAUUCCGACGAUGAUAGUGAUCGGGAAGUCGAUCUGAAGGGCAUUAUGAUGGCAACGAAGGUAAACAAAAAAACUCGUAAGCGCCAGAAGCAGCUGGAUGCGGCAAAGAAACUGUACGUGCAGGCAAAGAAGAAGAAAAGCAAACCGGUGGCGUUCAAUUUUUCCGCGAUCCAUCUGAUACACAACCCCCAGGGAAUGGCCGAGAACCUGUUCAAGCAGCUGCAGGAUGGCAACGAACGGUUCGAGGUGAAACUAAUGCACCUGGAUGUAAUUUCACGCCUGAUCGGAAUCCACGAGCUGUUUCUCUUCAGUUUCUACCCUUACGUUGCUCGCUUCAUCAAACCCCAUCAGCGCCAGGUGACACGUAUCCUGCAGUUUGCAGCUCAAGCUUCACACGAACUCGUACCGCCGGAAAUGAUUGAACCGGUCAUAAAGACGUUGGUGAACAACUUCGUCACCGAACGUAAUUCGAGUGACGUCAUGGCGAUUGGACUGAAUGCGGUGCGUGAGAUCUGCCUUCGAUGUCCACUGGCGAUGACCGAGGAUCUGCUGCGCGAUUUGGUAAUGUACAAAAACUACAAGGAAAAGUCGGUUAUGAUGGCCUCGAAAUCGUUAAUUAUGCUGUACCGUGAACAAAUUCCGACGUUACUUGCAAAGAAGUACCGGGGCCGGCCUACGGAAGCGAGCGUGGAAAUCAAACCCAAACGGUACGGUGAAGUGACGGCAAUCGAUCACAUUCCCGGCACCGAAGCACUACUGCGUGAGGACGCUCCUGCCCUAGAGCAGGAAAAAGAAGCAGCCAGCGAUGAUUCCGACUGGGUGGACGUGGACAGCAGCGAUGAUGAGUGUGAUGCUCUACUGAGGGAAGAAAAGAGCAAAAAUAAGAAGAGCAUCACAAUGAUCAAAUCUUCAAAUGAUAAAGACGGAAAAGAUUCUGAUUCCGACGACGCAAGUGAUGGUGAGGAUGAUGACGACGAUGAUAGCGAUGAUGACGGAGAAUGGGAGGAAUGCAGUGAAGAGGAGGAAGUAGAAGACGAGGAGGAAGAGCAGAACUCAGAAGCCAGCAAGGUUGCUGAUUCAAAACGCAAGAAGGAUGACGCCAAAACGAAAACGAAAGCUUCUAAAUCCAACACGGCCGACAGUGCACAGGAAGCAACUGCUUCCGAGAAAACACUGAACACGGCCGAGGCAAUGCAGGAGUUGGCUUUGACCAAGAUAUUCACCGAUGCCGAUUUCGCCCGGAUCGAACAGGAGCGGGUUAAGAAACAAGUUACGCACCACAGCCGCAAGCGACAGCUGGAAACGGAGCGCAGUGAGUUCGUGAAGUUGGACGCGAUAGAGAUGAUCUACAAGCGACGCAAAGCGGACCGAGAGGAGCGGGUAGAGAGUAUCAAGAAAGGACGUGAGGGGCGCGAAAAAUUUGGCUAUCGGGACCGGCGGCAAAACCCGCACUGCUCCAAAACGAACCGAGAAAAGAUGAAGAAUAAAAACUUUGGCAUGGUUCGGCACAAGGCCCGGGGCAAAGUAAAGAAAUCGUUCCGCGAGAAGCAGUUGGCAUUGCGGAAACAUCUGACGCAACAGAAAAAGAUGAAAUAAGUGAGCUAGAGCAUUGGGAAAAUGAUAGAAAGU